AUGCGGAGGCAAUUGGCCUUGGGAGUGACAGCCAAGCCAUGGAUGAGGAUAUCACCCCAUCAUAUCCGAAAUGUUCACUCGACAGUCAAAGACCAGAAACGAAAAGCACCCGCGCCUGCUAACCGAGACUUUUCGACCAAUGCAAACAAGAAGUCUGAGGCAGCCGCUUCUGUAACUAACAAGUCUUCUCCAUCAUCGCUGCGCCUUAGUCAAGACGACCUCUUCCAUCCAUUUUCGAAAUCGCCUGUUCCCGAGUUUCGUCAACGAGCUGCUUUUAUGCGACAGCACGCCUACUGCCCCCACCCCGAUCACCAGCAAACGAAGCUCCCGACAAUUGCCCCGAAACCUGAGGAUGCAGAAGCUGCGAGUGGCACCCAACCGCCAGAGCAUGUGAACUUUGAGUGUCCGGACUGUGGUUUGCCGGUCUACUGCUGCGAGGAACAUUGGAUGGACGAUUACGAGAAGCACCUCGAAGUCUGCGAUACCCUACGACAGAUUAAUGAAGAUGACCAUGACUUGCGAUCCGGUCGGGUGUUUGAGGAAGGCAAUCUCCCCGAUCUUCAAAUGGAGCAUGCGGCUAUCAACAUGACAAACUGGGAUACCUUCAUGUACACCAGAGAGUUUGACGCCGUCAACUCUGAUCGCCAAAUGAGACAGAUUACUCGUCUUCUGACAUACCCGGUUACCAUUGGCAGUGUUCUUCAUGAACUCAGCCCGUACAGUAUCAAGGCUGGGGAGCGAAUGACUACGGAAGGCUUGAAGAGUUUUAGCGCAUUGAGAUAUAACCUGCACCCUCCUAAGUCCGGUCGAGGAAUUGGCGUUGACGAGUUGAAGCCAGAGGCGCCUGCUGUGCGAGUAUUUAUCCUGGGAGCUCGUGCAGAGUCUUCUCUCCCGCGACCUGCCUGGGUACAGUUGGCUCACAUGUUCCCCGACGCCCGACUCCAUCUCAUCUUUGUGGGGCCCGAAAGUAUGGCCAACCGGGAUGAUGAGUUCCCAUUGCCAGAGCGCACCCCCUCAAACCCCUUUGGGGCCGUGGUUGAGGACCGUGUCUGGUACAAGAUGAAGAUCAGCACAAUCGUGGAUUAUUACCACACAAUUCACCAGACUCAGCACUUUGCGCCAUACGAUCCUUACUUUGACUGCUUUGUGCUGUUCCAUCCCGGCCUGGGUCAUCCUGCUAGCAGUCACGAAUGGGAGGAGACUCUCCCUCUUCUGUUGGAGACUAAGGUUCCCAUUAUCAGCACAGGCUACACUCAAUUUGAUAUGGAGCGCGAUGUCGAAUGGGUGAACAAGAAGUCAAAGGGAGAGUUUGACAUUCUGUUGCAGCCUGGCGAGAACACUUUCAGGAGUCUUAGAUGGGAUUUGAACGACAUGGAUCCUCAGGACGUCAGUUGUGGCAACUGGGGUGUGUGGGCGUUCCGUGGAAAGAGAUCAUUACUGAAAGCGUCACGCCAUUCUCUACACUUUAAGAGGAGGCAUGCAGAUACACCUGGAAUGCUUCUUGUUUUUAGUGCUCGACUGUACUCGGAAGGUGCAGGGCAUGCCACUUCUUCUGUGGCCCCGGCCGCCUUUCCUGCCCGACCACCGGCCCCACGGCCCAAGUCGGUGACCUUUGAUACUGAACCGUCGCCCUCUACCGCCGUCUCUUCUACUACUACGACUACCACUGCUGCCUCUCCACGUCAUUCGACGCGCCCUCAUACGACCGACCCCUUAUCUGAUCGAGCAACUUCACUUUUGAUACGCAGGACGUUGUGCUCUCCUCAGCUCGGCGAUAAGAAUCGCGAUGCGCAAGCGCCCAUUGAUGAGCUGCUUCCUCCUUUGACCAGUCGUAACGAUGUCGACCUCCAGCUAUACGCAAUUCUCGCCAUCGUACUGAGAGAGUUUGUUCAAAGCUGGUACAAUAAAAUCACGACAGACGAGAACUUUGUCGCAGAAGUCCUACACAUCAUCGCUCAUUGUUCGCGAGCACUGGAGCAGCGCUUCCGCAAGGUUGAUCUGGAAACUUUGGUUUUGGACGAGAUACCCGACUUGCUGGACAAGCAUAUCACUUCAUACCGAAUCUCCCAUAGUACUAUCGCAAGGCCCCCUGUGGAGGUAGAUCCCCGAGAGGCAUACCACGCCUUAUGUCCUCUUCCGCACCUAGCGCCAGUGCCUCACUCAGACAAACCAGACACAAUAUCCGACCAAGCUGGGAAUGAAGCGUUAUACCGCCAGCUGCUAGUCCAAGGCAUCCUCGCCAUUCUCUUGCCCACGGAAGACCUCGAGAACCCAUGUCUCACGAGUCUCGUCGAACAAAUCUUCUCCGAGCUUAUAAUUGGCAACAUCAUAGCCAAUAAGGCUUCACAGCCGUGGAUGCUAUACGAAGGCAUCUGUAUCACAGCCAGGGUUUUGCGACAAAAGACGAAUGACGGGCCGUCGGCUGUAGGAGCCCAAAAGGAAACUUCUGAGCCAAAGCUUGAAGUCAAGGGUCGUCGCGCUUGGUCUGUGAGGUCUUCUGUAAGUACUGCUCUGGUGAUGGCUUCAUCCCUACCUGCUAGAACGACACCCAUAAACGAAAAGGAAGUAUCGCUGGGUCAGGAUAAACAGUCCAGCGUCUCAUCGAGCCACGAGUCAGCCGACUACAUCAAGGCGCCUAUCCUAUCAUGUCGAGUAUGGACAUGCCUUGGAAAUUUGCUUGAGCUGAGCUUGCGCAUGCCUUGGCUUGAUGGAUUUUUGUCACUUUUGCAGUACGGCGCGGUCAAUGGACCUGGACGAAUCGCUGGCCACGAUGGCCCUGUUGACAGGCUCCUCUCUCAUCAUAUCAAUUCUCUCUUCUCUCCCUCGAAUCUGCCCCCUCUUCUGCGCACACUUCGCGGCGUUCUCUUCCCCAAUAAUGCCCCCGGUAAGGCGUCUCUUUUCCCACCAUCUUCCGAAGCCGAGCUACACGCCCUGCGUCGAAGAGCCGCUAAGUCACUUUGGGAGUUGCUACCGAAGGGUGUGGGAAGACUUUAUUUCGGCGGUCGCUUAUGGCGGCGAGGCACAAAGGCCGAGGGCGAUCCAUCGGAUGACGAAGAUCUUUUGGAUGAGAUGGAGCGGCUUCUCCUUGUACUGGAUGACGAGUAUUGUAACAAACAUCUCAUGUACAGCAUUCUCGAAUUGGUACUUGCUAGAUUGAUGCCCGAGCUAACCGAGAAAGGCGUGACAGAGUUGUGGGAAGAAAGACUUGGUUGA